AUCCAACUACAUUCGCAUCUACAAGUAGCCGAAUUACAAAUCAUGCAGAUUUACCAACUAUAAAUAACGAGUUAUCAAUAACGUUAAAACUAAAUAUAGCGAGUCAUGGUACAGAUUGGACUCUUGUUUUUCGCAAAGCAUACACACUUUCAAAUACUGAGAAACGAAUGGAUGUAUAUGUAGACGGAAUAUGGGCUGGAUUUACGAGCGUCGAACAAGUUUUGAGCCAAAGUGUCAUAUUCAAUGAUUCACCAUUAUAUAUUGGAAAAGAUUCGUUCUUCAAUGGAAUUACUGGACAAAUUAGCAAUAAUUGUUCAAGUCCAACUAUGACAACGGCAACUCCUUUAAACAAUAAUUAUCCAAAAACAACGAAUGGAGAAUGUUCAAAUGGUAUUCUAGCAGGUUCAAUCGUGGGAUCAUUUGUUUGCGGUGGUUUAAUAUUUUUAGCAGGAAACCUAUUUUUACGUAAAUAUAAAAAACGUAACUCUUAUUAUGACUCUGGUAAUCAGGUAGUUUUUACACAACAAUAA